AUUGGAAGUAAUUGCAAUCAUCAUAAAAGUUACUUUUGCUUCUUUUUAAAUUUUGUCUAAGACCUCCGAUUCUAUAUAUGCACAUGAAUUCUCCCAUGGCCUUCCCCAUUUCGCUUUACAUUUCCACCAUAGCAUUUCUAUUGCUAAGCCUACAUCCCACAGACGCAACAAUCGGAGUAUGUUAUGGAAGAUUAGGAGACAACUUACCUUGUGCUCAAGAUGUGGUAAACCUCUACGAAUCCAAUCAAAUAGGAGCCAUGAGACUCUAUGAUCCCGAUCACCCGACACUCGAAGCCUUACAAGGAACAAACAUUAAACUCAUGUUGGGUGUCCGCAACGAAGACAUUGUAUGUAUAGCGUCCGAUCAAUCGGCCGCCGACGAUUGGGUUGAGACCAACGUCGUCCCCUAUGCAACAUCAAUCAAGUACAUCGCUGUUGGAAAUGAAAUCCAUCCUAGUGAUGAACAAGCCUCAUCGAUGGAACCAGCUAUGCAAAAUAUUCUAAAUGCGCUAAAUGCAAACAACUUAGGGAGCCAAAUUAUGGUGUCAACAGCCGUUGAUAUGACCUUACUUAUAAACACUUUUCCACCAUCACAUUCCAAAUUUCAAAACUUAUCAUAUAUUACACCAAUUAUUAACUUUCUAACAACUAAUGAUUGUCCUUUGAUAGUUAAUAUUCAACCUUAUACUACUUAUAUAAAUGAUCCCAAAAAUAUUUCACUCGACUUUCUUUUAUUUACUUCAUGUGGGGAUGUAUUUACUGAUUAUAAAACUGGUAAGGGAUACCAAAAUUUAUUCGAUGCACUAGCUGAUGCAAUGUAUGUAGCUGUGGAAAAAGUCGCGACAUCGGAUCAAAUCAAUUUAUUCCAAAAUAUUGGUCGUAACCAGCGGAUGAGCAAGACCCAGGUGAAGGGAGAAGUAUCGAUGGCCUCAAAGGGCGGAUUUCAUAGUAUGGUGAAAAGUAGUGUUUGGCGAAAUAGUGCUCGCUAUCCUACUAAGGGAUCGGAGUGUGGGCAGCCAAAGAGCGGAGAAGCUGCGACAGUAGAAAAUGCAAAGACGUUUUAUACCAAUAUGAUCAAACAUGUUAAGAAGGGGACUCCUUUGACACCGGGGGAAGAAAUUGAGGUAUAUUUGUUUGCAAUGUUUGAUGAGAAUCAGAAACCAGGAAAUGAGAGUGAGCGCCAUUAUGGACUUUUUACUCCUGAUGAAAAACCUAAGUAUGGCCAACUCAACUUUUGUGGAGAGUAGGGAAAUCAUUAGAGUAUAUGGUUUAAGGUAUAAAUUAUAAUGUAUGUAUUGCUAUUAAAAAUGUUAUGUAUUAAUGAUAUAAUUUGGAGAAAGGAAUAAAGGAAGUGUAUUAAGUCCUUUGCCAACUAUUUUAUAUUUUGUAUAACAAAUUGUUAAGAUAUUGUCUAAUUAGUUAUUAAAUUUCGAUACUUUAUUUAUUUCUAA